UUGUGAAAAUAGCAGUGAUGGAAGAAUUAAACGAUUUAUCAUUGCGCUGUAAUUUCUGUAAAACUUAUUUCCCAUUAUCUUCUGUUUUGGAACAUCGGAAGCAUCAUAGGGCAAUGAGGAUUAUGCGCUUCAAGGAAGGCAAAGGGCCUCGUAACAUUGAUUCAUUAUCAAAACGUCAUAUGAUGUUAUUACGAAAAGUUCUUGAAAAAUUCAAAGAUAAUCACUCAGAUCCAAAUUUGAAGAAAAGAUUAGAAAGAAUGGAGGACGCCUAUGAAACCUUGAGAUUUGAAUUUACAAAAGAUGAAUCUCGUUUAAAGUCAAUGUUGACAAAAGACGGAAUGACAAGUAUGAGAGAUGGUUAUUUCGAACCAAGAGAUAGAGUUGAAGAUGAUGAUGUAACCUCAAAGCCAAUUCUAUCUUCUCCUCAAUAUGGAUUUCCAGAAAGUAUUUACGGAAUUGGGCAUUCAGAGGCAACUAAUAUAGAUUGGAGGGAUGAAAUGGAAGACAGAACAACAAUUAAAUCUGCUUUACCAAGUUUUAGUUCAAAUGAGAUUGGCCAUACAUGUUACAUUGGUAUGUUUGAUGGAUAUCAUGGAUCAACUGCAGCACAAACAUCAUCAGAACAUAUGCAUAGAAUAAUUAUUGAAGAAAUAUCUGCCCAAAGAAAUCAAGUUCCAAACAAUGGUUCUGGUGAUGCAAACUAUAGCCAAGGAGAAACAACUUUCAUUUCUGAAGAUGAUGAUACCACAGACAAUAUAUGUCAUUCUAGAAUAUUGUCUGAUGCUGAAAUAGGAAAAUGUUUGACCAAAUCUUUUUACAAAAUGGAUGGAUAUUUAGGAUAUGGAAUCAAUGAAAAGUCAAGAUUAAGAUGGAGUGGAUGUUCUGCUCUCACUUGCCUAAUAUCAGAAGAAAACAGUGGAAACAUAGAUGAAAAAGGUGAUGGAUCACAAAGUGGAAGUAGUAAAAGGAACACAAAUGAAUCAGAUAAUGGAUCAAGAAAAAAUUCAAAAUAUGGCAAAAUAUUUAUUUCGAAUGCUGGGAACGUGCAGGCAAUUUUGUAUCAGAAGAAGAAGCCGUAUAAACUAUCUCAACUGGAUAACUUAAACAAUGAAAAGGAAAAAGAACGAGUUGUUAAGAUGGGAGGAACAAUCAACUCCAGUGAAAAACAUGCAAGAAUUAAUGGUGUAAUGGAAACUACAAGAGGAUUAGGAAACCACGGAGACCCAUCUAUCAGAACGUGUAUGAUCGCUACACCACAUACUGCUGUAACUCGAAUUACAAAGGAUGCACAAAUGUUAGUCAUUGCAACAAAUAGUCUGUGGGAUGUCUUGAAUCAAAAUGAUGUUUUUUCUAUUUUACUUCACUCUAUUCCAUCUGAUAUUUCAACAGCACUUAGUCCAGGACCAACUCCCAUCAUUCCUGUCAUCCAUGGUCAUUAUCGUUCAGGUCGUAAAGGUGCUGACUUGAGUGAUACACACCAGACAAGUACAUUACCGAGUAUUGUUGAAACAGAAGAAGAACAAGAAAUUGAAGAAGUUAUUUUUGUUAAAGCACAAGACAGUGAUAGUGAUGAUGAGAAAGUUGGAGAAGAUUUGGCAACGGCGAGAACAAACGGCAGUAUUGGAAAAAUUCAAUCAAGUGCAUCUUCGUUGAUAGUACAGCAGUCAACAGAUGACGAAAAUAUUCAGCACAGUGGAAAUAUUUCAAUGUUUUCUGGUGAUGAUAAUCAUAGUGCUGGAGGAGACUACGAUCCAAGAAAAGAUGAAAAUGUUAUGAUAGAAAGAUAUGCAAAUGUAGCCUCAUUGCUUAGUGAGAGACUUGUACGUGCUGCAAUUCUUGCUGGUGCUGUAGAUAAUGUUUCAGCUGUUGUCGUCUUGUUCAAAGGAAUGUUCAAUAAUUGAUAAUUUUCAUGCUAUAUACAUACUGUACAGGGUGACUCAAAAAACAGAACCCAUAAAUUCCUUUACUAUUUUAACAAAAUGAAAAAAAAAUGAUUAACACUUAACCUUCUGUUCGUGUAUGCAUGUACCAAAAAAUUUCAGUAAUUUGAGAUGCUUUGCACAAAAGUUAUGUUUUUUCUAGAAUACGUUCCAAAUGACCUGGGUUCUUUUUUCGAAGGUCACCCCGUGCAUUAUGAGCUAGGAUAUAGUCAUGGUUAUCCAAGCUUAAUCAUAAGCACCCUGUAAUAAAAGGUUACACACUGUUCAAACGAGCCUUUCAAAUUUUUUUAUUAAAAGUAUAUUGUUGGCGAUAGGAAAGACUGGAUAUUUAAUUGCACCCCCUAAUAACUCGACUACCUACGGCCACACAUGUCAUGAGGUCACCGCCUUCUCUGCUAACCAAGUCUGUGAAUCCACACUUCAAAUAUGUCAGAUAUUGCCGAAUUCAGCUUGGAUCUUUUCAUCAACCACUUACAGAAAAUAUCAAGUUGUUUUCUAAAGUGAUAAAAUAGAUAGUUUCUGUGCGGUGCUAUAUUCUUGUACAAGAUAUAGACCCUUUCUUAUAGCUGUCUUCUUUUCAAACCUUGAGUCGUUCGUGUAUAAAUAGCAUAUAUGUUGAGUCACUGAAAAGUUCUCCUUCGUAACUAUGCUACUUAUCAUUGUAUUACUAUCGAAUUCGACUAUUUUCACUGUGUCGUGUAUUUUUGUGUACCUUAGAAAUUAUGAGUAUGCCAUUAAUUUGCUAAUUGAAAUGUUUUAUAUUGUCCAAUUUUUUGAAUAUAUCAAGUAUUCAUUAGCAAAUUUAAUUGCUUUUUAACAUUUGUAUAGUUUGUUCGUUAGUUUGUUCAAACGAAUUAUUGAAUAAAGAAGUUUUUGAGAAUU